UCGGACGAGGUCCUGCCCUUGAACCCCUGGGACCCUCCCACCUCAUGGCUUCCCGGCCAUCUGUCCCUCAUGCUGUGCUUGGAGCCUCGGUGCCUGCAGCCCCCGGCCUCAUCCUGCUCCUGCUCCUCCUGCCCCCCACCCAAGUUGCAGCCAUAGCCCACAGACACCCCAGGAUCGAGGGUGUCUCCUUGAACCGAGACGUGGCCUGUGGCCAUCGUUACAUACAGGGGAAGAUUGUGGGGGGCGUGGAUGUCCCAGAGAGGAAGUGGCCAUGGCAGGUCAGCGUGCACUAUGCAGGCUUCCACGUCUGUGGAGGGUCCAUCAUCGAUGAGUACUGGAUCCUGUCGGCAGCCCACUGCUUCCAGAAGGAGAAGAACACUGAAGCAUUUGAUAUGUACGUGGGCCUUGUGGACCUCAGGGUUGCAGGCAAUCACACCCAGUGGUUCGAGGUGAACAAGGUGAUCAUUCACCCUACGUAUGAAGUGUACCACCCUAUUGGAGGGGACAUUGCCCUGGUGCAGCUGAAAUCUCGCAUUGUGUUUUCUGACUCUGUGCUCCCAGUCUGCGUUGCACCCCCAGAUGUGAACCUUCAGAAUGUCAUUUGCUGGGCUACAGGAUGGGGAGUCAUCUCCCAACAAGGCCACACCUCAGACAAGCUGCAGGAGGCACAGAUGCCCCUGAUCUCACUGCCCCUGUGCCAGCUGCUCUACGGACACCUGUCAUAUAUUAUGAUGGACAUGCUGUGUGCCGGGGACAUCAAGAACAUGAAGACUGUGUGCGAGGGUGACUCUGGCGGCCCACUCGUCUGUGAAUUCAACCACACCUGGUUGCAGGUUGGAGUGGUGAGCUGGGGCCGUGGCUGCACAUACCCUAUGUAUCCUGCAGUUUAUGCGCGGGUCUCCUAUUUCUCAAAGUGGAUCCAUUAUCAUAUAGAGCACACACCCCUGCCUCUUCAGCCACUCCCCACCCUCUCCUCCAUGCUAUGUGCCACCUUCAGUGUCCCUGUGACCAUGCUGGCUGUCCUGUUAAUGUUGUGA